AUGGUUGUCGAAACUGAAGUAGUUUUUUUAGAUAGGAUCAUCCACAAAUUACCAGUAUUGUUAGGAGUAAAAUUAUACAGUGAAGUACGGGAAAAAUUUUACAAAAACCUGAAUGUGGAAGAUGAAAGGGCAUGUUUACAGGAUUGGACUGAUGCACACCGAGGAAGACUGUGUUCCGAAAUCUGUGACCUAGCUUUAAAUGAAGAUGCACCGUUUCGCGAAUGCGACAGUUGUGGAUAUGAGUAUAAAAAAAACGGCAGGUGUAACAUGAUUUCCUGUCAGUGUGGCGUCAAAUACUGUUAUCUAUGUGGCACAAAAGACGUUACGGAAAAGCAUUUUUGUUCUAAUAUUAAAGAAGAUGCGGAGAAUUGUGAACUUUGCAAAGGCAGAUGUCACUUGUAUACUGGUGAAGAAGAAUCUGUUUCUAGUGAAACUGUGCAAGAUACAACGGUUGAAGAGAUUAUUAUCACAUGUGCCGCAUGUCUCGAGGAAGUCGUGUUGAACAAAACAGUUUGGUGCAAGCCUGAAGAUAGUAGCUCAAACUCAAAAGCAGACCAUGUUUUCUGUUUCAAAUGCAUCGAAAAUGAAGUACGAGAACUGGUUGAUGGAGGAGGGAAUAUUGAAGUACUUGGAUUUCCUUGCAUAAAAGGGCGAGGUUGUUCACAGAUAUUAUACUGGGAUAAAAUUCUAAAGGUGCUACCAGAGCCAUUACGUGGUAGAGUAGAAGUUAUGGUACAGAGUGCAAACCUACGAGCUAGUGAUAUCGAAGUUGAAAGCUGCAGAAACUGUGGCUUUUCUGCUUCGCUUGAAGAACCAAAGACUGCAAAUCAAGUAUUUAAUUGCCCAAAAUGUGAUGCAGCGCAAUGCAGACUGUGUUUGAGAAAGUGGACUAAAGAGCACGAAGGCCGUUCCUGUGAGGAAAUGCAGAAUUUAGAAGCAAGUCACAAAACUCCAGCCGAUUCAGCAGUUCACAUAUGUGGGCGUUGCGGGAUGGGAUACGAAAGAAAAAAAAGACUUAACAGGAUUACUUGUCGAUGUGGUGCUGUAUAUUGCUACUUAUGUUGUCAGGCAGAUGUUACAUACGACCAUUUUUGCCUUCAUAGACCUACAAGCGGUGAUGACCAGCAGUGUCGGGAAUGUGGAAAAAAGUGUCGUUUGCACGUUGGUAAAACAGGCAGUAACAUCAAAGAUGUUUCUGAAGUUGAAGAAGAGGCUUUAGUGAAAUGUCUGAUAUGCUUUGAAGAAGUUCCAAACAACGAAAUAGUUUGGUGCCAAUCGAAGAAAAAUCAAUCUAGAGCAGGUGCUGAUCAUCCAUUCUGUGCAAAGUGCGUUCGUGGUCAAGCGAAAGAAAUAGUGGAUGGUAGUGGACGUGUGGACCUAGUAGGAAUUCCAUGCAUGAGCGGCGAAGAAUGUUCAAACGUUCUUCACUGGAGUGAAAUUCGUUCAUUUUUAACAGGACCGCUGAAAAGAAGAUUGGAAACUCUGAUACAAAAUGAAAAUUUGCAAGCUACUGAAACAGUAGUUGAACGUUGUAAAAAGUGCGGUUUUUCUGCUGAAGUUGGAAAAUCUAAAGAAGAGGAACAGGUAUUUCGUUGUCCUGAAUGCGGAGCAGAGCACUGCAGAAUUUGUUAUGAAGAGUGGACCACAGAACAUAAACAGCGUGGGUGUAAUGGAAAUGAAGGCGCAGCUUUACGGCAGUAG